AUGAUGACCGUGACGGGACACGACCAAUCGGCUCAUAUGAACGCAACACUCCAACUCUUGGGACGCUUGCGUGAUUUGAGGGACAACAAGCAAAAUAUUGUUCUUAACGGCAGCAACCUCGACAUUGCUUCCAUUGUCGCAGUUGCUCGUCAUUGUGUCGAGCCCACAAUCAGCACAGACCAGCUGCUCGCCAAGCGGCUCGAGAUCUCCGUCAACACUCUGGCCGAUGCCAUUUCUCAGAAAUGUGUCAUCUACGGCGUCAACACCGGCUUCGGCGGCAGUGCUGACACUAGAACCAACGAACUCAUCGACCUGCAAACCCAUCUGCUCCAAUUUACCCAAAGCGGAAUCAUCACUGCCGCCGACAAGGAUCCGGCCAGCAACUCGGAGCGGGAAUCAUCCCACGUCAUGCCUCUGACCUGGAUUCGAGCCGCCAUCGUUGUCCGAGCCAAUCAGAAUCUCAGGGGUCACAGUGCCAUCCGUAAGUGCGUGCUCAAGAGCCUAAUUGACCUACUGCACAACGGCAUUACUCCUCUAAUUCCACUUAGGGGGACCAUUUCUGCAUCUGGAGAUCUGAUGCCCAUGGCCUAUAUUGCUGGAGCAAUCAUGGGCAACCCGGAUGUCUUUGUCCAGGUGGGUAAGGGCGCACAAGCCAGAGUUAUGCCUUCCUCGGAGGCAUUGAAGAUGAGCGGGCUCUCUCCGUCGGGACUCGGCCCAAAAGAAGGACUUGGGCUCAUCAACGGCACUGCUCCUUCUGUGGCUGUGGCAAGCUUGGCACUGUAUGAUGCGCAGCAGCUUGCGUUGUUAUCUCAAAUGCUGACGGCUUUCACUUCUGAAUGCUUGUCCGGGAAUUUAGAGUGGGCUCGGCCCUUUGUUCACGCCACUCGACCUCACGCUGGACAAAUUGAGGUGGCAAGCAAUAUCCGGCGCUUCUUGAAGGGCUCUAAGUUUGUUGUUGGCUUAGAGUCGCAGAAGACAUCCGGCGACGGACUUUGCCAAGAUCGGUAUUCGACAAGAACAGCUCCUCAAUGGAUUGGACCUUACCUUGAGGAUCUUCUCCUAGCGCAACAUCAGCUCGAAGUUGAGCUCAACUCCACAUCUGACAACCCACUAGUGGACACAAGCAAGCAGGACGAUGGUUCUAGUGGGAAAGUGUACACCGGGGGAAAUUUCCAAGCAGCUACCGUCACGUCGGCUAUGGAUAAGGCUCGUUUGGCUAUCCAAAUGAUAGGACGGAUGCUUUGGUCCCAGGUUACUGAGAUGAUCAACCCUGCUACAAAUAACGGACUCGAGGCCAACCUUAAUGCUACCUCCCAAGAGAGCUUCACUAUGAAGGGAAUCGACAUCAAUAUGUCAGCGUACAUGUCUGAGUUAGCAGCCCUAGCACACCCGGUCUCUGCUCAUGUCAUGUCAGCCGAGAUGCAUAAUCAGGGUAUCAACUCUCUCGCUCUGAUUUCAGCCCGACGCACUAUGGAGGCCGUAGACCUGUUGGCACACAUGAGUGCCUGUCAUUUAUAUGUCUCAUGUCAGGCUGUCGAGAUCCGGGCAAAUCACGUCCGAUUCCUUUCAGCACUCCGUACCAAGAUGGAGGACUUCACCGCAAGCGGUGCAUUGCACGGACUCGGAUUGAAGGGCUCGCAGAUUGAAACACUAUGCACGUUACUCCUCCCCAUUGUCCAGUCAAGCUGGUCCCGCGCAAACUCCAAUACUUGGAAAGACCGUGUCUUGUCUGUAGUUGAUGCCGUUAUGUCUUCAGUCAACAAGUUUAUGGCCAUUCACAACCCCGACUGUUUAGUGUCAAUGAUUAUCGCCUUUAAAAAGCAUUUUCAGAGCGUUGUAUCCAGCACAGCCGAGGCAAUGUUUUAUCCCAGCCCGACUAUUUCCCCCGAGGAAGUGGCUACGCAGCUUGGUAGGGGGACUGCACAGCUCUAUAGGUGGGUGCGCUCGAAGCUCAACAUCCCUAUUAACUGUGGCCUCCAAGACGAUCCUUUGUAUAACGCUCAGAAAUGUCUUCCCAUAAAGGGCAAAAAAAGCAUCGGAAGCUCGGUAAGCAUAAUAUAUGAAAGCUUGCUUAAGGGUGAAAUGAUGGAUAUGAUUCUAGAGGGUUUAAUGCAAGAUAAGGAAUAG